CGGAAAUUUGCAGCAGCAAUUCUUUCUAGAAAUUUGUGGCAGUUUCAUGCUAGCCCGCGCUAGGUAGGUCUCCCUAAGUUUAUCUUGGCAAAACACAGCCAGCAGCUACUUUGAAUAUAAACACAUAUUUCUUACAACUGUUAAGUGUUUUGUUUUAUCUGCUUUUUGACCAGAGAUUCGGGUUAGCUCCGUUUAGCCCACGAACUUAGCCGAGUCAUAUCCGAAGCUAACGCUGUUUGCGUUCGGUUGUUUCUGGCAUCAUGUCGAGGAUAGACUACAGCGUGUGGGACCACAUUGAGGUGUCAGACGACGAAGAUGACACCCACCCGAACAUCGACACACCCAGCCUCUUCAGAUGGAGACACCAGGCACGUGUGGAGAGGAUGGAGGAGUUUCAGAAGAAAGGUGAAGAACUAAACAAGUCACUCAAUGAAUGCCGGCGUAAGCUUGCAGAGACACAGAAGAAAAUGCAAGAGCUGAACAUCUCUUCAACGGACGACGCCAAAGCAGAGCUGAGCAAGGUCCAGGCUGAGGAGAAGAAACUGAAAAAGGAGGAGCGGGACUGGGAGAAGAAGGUGGCCGAACAUAGCCGGGAGGAGAAGAAGAUGCCAUGGAACGUGGACACGCUCAGCAAGGAGGGUUUCAGCAAGAGCAUUGUUAAUGUCAAACCUGAUUCUUCCGAAGAGACCGAAGAAGAGAAGGAGCGCAAGCAUAAAACCUUUGUGGAGAAAUAUGAGAAGGAGAUCAAACAUUUUGGCAUGUUGCGACGUUGGGAUGACAGCCAGAAGUACCUCUCUGACAACCCUCAUCUAGUAUGUGAAGAGACUGCCAACUACCUGGUCAUCAUGUGCAUCGACCUUGAAGUAGAGGAGAAACAUGCAUUGAUGGAGCAAGUGGCGCAUCAGACCAUCGUCAUGCAGUUUAUUCUAGAGCUGGCAAAAAGCCUCAAGGUGGACCCCCGCGGCUGCUUUCGUCAAUUCUUCGCCAAAAUUAAGACAGCGGAUCAGCAAUACCAGGAUGCUUUCAACGACGAGCUGGAGUCAUUUAAGGAGCGGGUUCGGGGCAGAGCGAAGAUCCGCAUCGAGAAGGCCCUAAAGGAAUAUGAGGAAGAGGAGCGACAAAAGCGUUUGGGACCUGGGGGGCUAGAUCCUGUUGAAGUGUAUGAGACACUGCCAGCUGAGAUGCAGAAAUGCUUUGAUGAUAAGGACAUCCAAAUGUUGCAAGAUGUUAUCAGCAAAAUGGACCCAACGGAGGCAAAGGCUCACAUGAAGAGGUGCAUAGACUCAGGGCUGUGGGUCCCCAACUCCAAGACGGACGAUGGGGAUGAAAAAGAGGAAGAUGCUACCUAUGAAGAGGUGAAACACGAGCCGGAAGAAGCUAAGAAGGAAUGACCAACAUUGAUCCCGUGAUGUGUUGUUUCUGCAAAUGUACUUACCCACUGUAUUGCGACUCCACUAUGUGUAUGACUAGUUUGCCAAUAAUGGAUCAAAGAGAUAACGUCUGUAAAAUACUUGGCUGAGAUUUUAAGGAAUACACCACCCACAGAAGUAUCAUUUGUGUAUCAGUGACUCACUCCAUGUUACCUUGAAUUCAUGAUGAACAAUUUCGUCUCUCAUAUGCCUCUGGAGUGAACGAAGAAUCCAAAAACUGAGAAAAUUCUUGAUGAAAUGGAGUAAACGGGAUUCCUUUAACAACAGCAAAACGAUAUCAUAUAUACUGAUCAAACAACUGGAUAAAUGAGACUUGGAUUAAUCUUCACAAGUAAAUGGAUGUUGAUACGGCCCCCUUUUACUUCAGUUUAUUACAAAUGCGGGCGGUUUUUGGAUUCUUCGUUCACUGUUGAGGCAUGCCAAAUAAAGUUUUCUUCAGAAUUCAUUGAGACACAGCGCGAGUAACUGAUACACAAAUGGUCAUUCUGCGGGUGACGUAUUCCUCUAAGGGAUUAGCGCUCACUUACCUGCACUACGUUGCGUCAGUAACUCCUGCUUUGAACAGAAACUGCUGCCCAUGUUUAGGUCUUUUAUUCGUUUGGACUUCGGCUGUGUUCUGACAUUUAUUUGUAUACACCUGUCAAAUUACGUGGGAGUGUAUGUGCACACAUGCCUGCCUGCUUUGUUUGUGCUGUUGUAUAGUUAAAAAACCUUCUAUACAUUUUCAGGUUGUGCAUACAGUGAAUUGAAAGGAUGAUUUUUUUUUGUCAUUUCCAAAUGGAAGAGUUUUUGUUAGACUUUUAGGGCUUGAGCAACUGAUGUAUUCAGAUGGCCAUUUCCCCCAAAGUGACAUUUUCUACAAACUUGCUUAAGUAAAGGUUUAAUUAUAUCCAACUCUUCAAAAAAACAGGUGUGGGUGACAUGCUUUUCAAUUCAUAGCUAGAGGUCAAAAGUGUGAGUCAUGAGAGACUUACAAGAAAAUAAUCCAUUUGCGAGCCCGGUAGCCAUGGUAACCACUGCUUUUUGAUGAGGAGGUACUGCAUCUGUGCACAGGUUUCAUAAUGAACUGGCAUUUACAAAUGACGUUGGCUCUACAUAGUGAUUUAUUGGCACUGUGGAUCAAUAGAUGGAUGUGCUGUGGCCUUCAGUACAUCACAGUAUACAUUAGACAUUAAGACAGCAACUAAUAUUAAACAAACUUUCACUUUCAAUGCUUUUAUUUUGAAGGUCAGACUGCUUUUGCAUUUUACAAAUAAAUACAAAAUGAAACAGCACAUAGAAAGGCAUCAUUUUACUGUCACUUAAUACUGCUUAAGUCCUCUUAAGACUGCUCGAUGUUUAUGUAGGAGCUAUUGUUAGAAAAAAAAUAACCUGUUUCUCUGCUUUAGUAUGAGGUAAUUGUGAUAAAAAUCUGGAGACACCUGGUUGUAUUACCAGGACUGCCUUACUUUGCAAACAAAGUGAAUGAUGAGAGGCAGCUGAACCUCCUUGUUGUCUGACAAAAGACAAGACAAAACAACAUACCAUCAACAUUUGACAACAGGAAGACAAAGGUGGCUGCAGGUGUCCUGAAAUAGCCACUGUGUGGAGGUGGGGGUGAGGCUUCUGACAGGCAGGUGCACCUUACACAUCAAACAACAAACGUUUAUGGAAAAAAAAGGCAAGUUGAAAUGAUAAAAUCAUGACACCUAGUGAUGAAUAGUGGACCCACACCAUGACGGGAAAAUUGGAUAAACCUGUCUACUAUAGAUUGAUGUGUUUGUAUUGACUUUGCUUAUUUAAUGGCUGAUGAAAAAUUAUAAUAGUAAGCAUUGUAGACCUUUCCCAGCAGACCUGUCACUGCAGGGUAAGCACAGGUGUAAUGACAUCAUUAAUUAUGACCUCAUGCCAUUUAAGAGUCAUUUAUGGUUUUUAUUACACCUGUGCCCUACAAUACAUCAAAAUAGCGCCUGUACACCUUCACAGUCUAAUUCAGUUCGAAACUACAGCCAGAAAUAAAAAUGUGAGGCUAGUAAUAUUUAAUUUUUGUUGACACAGUGUUGGUUUAAUCCUGAAAUAGUAGUUUUAAGGAAAUUGGGCUGGACAGAACAAAAUCAGACACAACUACAAUACAUAUCCAUUGUAUGAUAUAUGAUGGAUGAUAAACAUUCGGUGGUGGAGGAAGUACUUGGUCCUUUACUCAAAUAAAAAUACUCACAUGUAAAAUAUUGUAUUACAAGUAGUCCUGGUUUCACAAGUAUUAUUAAGUUAAAAAUAAAAGUAUCUAUUUGGCCCCUAUUAAAGUGUAAAGAGUAGUUGAAUAUGUAACAAUUUUAUAAAUGUAUCAUAUAAUGUAUGUUUUUUUAUUGUAAUAUUAAUCUACAGAACUGGUAUUUAGCUGUCAAAUAAAUGGAGUGAGCUAAAAAGUACAAUACCUGACACAAAAAUGUGCAUAAGUACAGCACAAAAAUCAUGUAUUUAUUAGUUACUUUCCAUCGCUGUAAACAUGUGAGUCGAUACUUUGUGAUGCCUUCUUGAUGUUGGAUUUGAGUCAGUAUUUUUUGGACUGUACACACAGUUUAAAAAAUGUAGGAUACAGAGUGGAAUUGUGGAAUUUGCAGGUUGAGGCAUGAGUAAAAUAUGAGAAUAGGAGCUGCAGAAAUCCACACCAUUGAAACAUGUUAGCACAGAGACAACUCCUCAAAAGGACUUUAGUUUAGUAAGUGAAAAAGUGCAGACUAAAACCACUCUAGAGAUGGUACAGGUAUGUAAUCUCAUGUAAUUUUUCACCUAUUGCUUGGAUUUAGUUCAACUUUGCACUAAUGUCUGCUCUGAUAUCUGCCCUACAUGUCAGAGCAAUAUGAAUAUCAAUGUAUGUAUAAAACUAGAGCCUUUGGGCUUUUAAAUACAAAGAUGUCACAGGCAGAAAUUUCACACAGAUGCCUCCUUAAAAUAAAGUUACUUUUACCAAGGUAAUAUAUGGUAUGAUGGCACAGUUCAGACCAUCACGUCAAUUAAUAUGCUUUGCACAAAACAAUAAAACUUGUGCAAUAAAACAAAAUGUGUUAAGUAAGGAGUUAAAUGUAUAUUUUUCAUGGUAAUGUGUAACAAAGUAUGCAAAAAUAAUACAAUAAUCUUGUCUCUUUUUACUUUUGGAAAUAUAUCAAAAACAAAAUUUCAACCCCAAUAAACUCCGUGGAACUCAA